AUCACUAUUUGACGGGUGUCGAAAUCGAAAAAAAAGGCGCACGGAUCAUUUUCUAAAACAAAAAAAGGUCAAAAACUUACCUGAGUAGAAAUUACAAAGAAACAUUCCAUAAAAAGCGUAUUUUGACACGAAAAAAUGUACCGGCCCGGCGGAUUAUCCGAUUCUGAUGACUAUUCCGACGAAUUUGACGAUGGAUUUGAUCGUCCAAAACAGCGUGCAUUUCGCAUUGUCAAGACCAAACAAGAGGAAUUGGAAGAAGAAAUGUACCAAGCAAUCGUCGAUGGUGAUCUCCAAAAGUUAAAAUCUGUAUUAGAAAGUGUUCCCAUUAACUUGGAUGACACUUUUCGCUCGGGAUAUACUCUUCUAAUGUACGCCUGUGUCGAAGCCCAUCCCGAAAUCGUGCGAUUUCUCAUCGAAAAAGGCGCCACAGUCAAUAUGGAAGUCGAAUCUUUCACACCGCUGAUGAUGGCAUGUCGUGCCGAGAAGGAUUCCGCUCGUGUUUUUGACAUUGUGCAACAAUUGAUGGCAAAUGGAGCUGUUGUGAACCAAUCGAGCGUUUAUGGAGAGACUCCCUUAAUUUUCGCCUGUCAAAAUGGUCAUACGGAAGUUGUGCGUUUAAUUAUCAAAGAAGCCUCAUUAGAUGCGUGCAAUAAUCAACUUGGAAAUACGGCGAUAUUUUUUGCUGUUGAAAAAAAUCAUUUGGAAAUCGUAAAACUGCUGCUUGAGCACGGCGCUUCUUAUAAUAUUACAAAUCGUCAAGGCUACUUACCGAAAGUCAUCGCCGAAAUGCACGGAUUUGCCGAUAUUGUCGAUUUAUUUCCGAAAAAUGAGGAAAUUUAUCAAAUCCCGGACACUUUUUUAUGUUAUCAACAUUACACGGAUCAAGUUCCCGGCUUAUUUGGACAAAAACCAGCAGCUCCGCCCUAUUUUUAUCGCAUUCGUGAGAUUUUAAACGGAUUGGAGCUUGAUUCGCUGCUUCCAUUACUUGCCAAAUCGAGUACAAGCCUUCCGCAGUUCCUGACAAUGAAUGAAGAGAAACUCUCAGCAGCUGGAAUUGACUUGCCAAUUUUUCAGAAGAAGAUUUUGCAUGGGUUAUUGCGAUUUCAUGCACAUAAAUGGGCGAAAACAAGUAUCGCGCCUCUUACGAAGUCAAGUCAUGUUGAUCAUUUUCAUGUUUUUUCGAUGAUGGCGGCACAUUUGCAACAUUUGGUUGUCCUGAGAUGCAGUUUGGUUUAUAUUUUGCAACUUGUGAAGGAUCAUCCGACAUUUCCGAAGCCUCAGAUUAAGGAAAUUUGGAAUGUUAUGAAGAAUUUGGAGACUUAUAUGCAAGAGUUGCAUAAGAUUUUUGUGAUAAUUGACAAGAAACGUCGCGUUGAACCGAAAAUUGAUGAAAUAACGGCUGAAAAAGCGAAGAAAAUGCCGCAGAAGAAUGUCUUUACGAAGAAAAUUGUUAAGUUUUCGUCAGUUUUGGGAGUUUUUGCAUUAGUUGGAGUGUUCCUUAUUAAGAAAUUAACGUAAAAAAUGAAAUUUAAGUACAAAUAUUUAACAUUAAAAUUAUUUAAAAAUUAAAUUUUUAAGAUCUGAACAAGAAAUAAAAUUUAGAAAAAU